AUGGCUCAAUUAAUAUUAAAUCCAAUUUUUAAUAAUAAUACACAAAAAUUUCAGUAUGCAAUAGUACUUAAUACUCGAAAUAAUAAUAAGGUAGAUAAAAAAGAGUUGAUUAACAUGAUUGCUAAAAUUGUUGGUGAAGAUCAUACAGUCAAUCUCAAUAAUCCUGAAUUGACAAUCAUUGUUGAGAUUUUCAAGAUUUUUGAGGAACAUAUAGGCAAUAAUAAUAAAAUUAAAGAAUAA